AUGGCAUCCGAGAAACGUUUACGACGACUGUCCCAGACGAGAGCCCGACCUACCGGAGCCACCAAACGCUCCUCAAGUCUGCGGCGGGUAUAUAACCGUUUCUUUCAUCCAGACUCACCAGUCUCCGAGUCUGAGGAAACCCCAGUCAUACCCGAGUCGAGCCAACGUCCGCUGUCCGAGAUUGAAGUCCUUCAGGGUGAACUGCAACAAUGUCGCCAAAAUCUCGAGGAAGCCAGGGAGAUGGUUAUGUCUCAGGACCAGGAGCUGACGACGUUGGAGAAAAAUACACAGAAGAUGGAAAGACGUUACAGGGAGAAAGAAGCUGCACUGCGGCGGCUGAAAGCGUCAUUGGAGGAGACCAUGGUGGCGGUCGUCGUGCAGCAGAUUAGAGAUGCCCAGAAAGCGGAACGGGAAUUCGUCAAAGAAGAGUGUAAUCGUGAACACCAAGCGGCUUUGGAAAGCCUACACCACAAAUACAGGUCACGGGUCGCCAUUCUGUCCCAACAGCUCUCGGACUCUAGCUCAGCAAAUGAGCGGUUGAAGAUAACCUACGAAAAUGAGGUUUCUGCACUGCGCACCGAAAUCGCUUCUCUAAAUACCGACCUCGAAGUGGCCAAGGCCGCCAUUGUCGAGACCACUGAGUCGCUAAAAACCGUUCAACUGGCCUCAACAACCGCUCUGGAAGAGACGGAGAAAGCAAAUGCCACCCUGCGAGCCGAGCUCGAAUCUCAGAUUACUUCCCUCACGGAGGAAUUGAGCACUGUCCAAUCAGGGUUGCAAAAUGCCGAGGUGAGCAUCGAAGAUCACACCAAACGAUACGAGGACCUGCAAAACACCUCCUCAAGAGCACUGGAAGAUGCAAAUGCCAACCUGGCAUCCGUUCGCGCCUCAUUAGAGGCUCAACUUGAAGCACACGCCGCAGAGCUCUCGACGACCAAAGAGGCCCUCGAAACCUCGUCUAGGGACAGGGAAGCCGACAGGUCGGUACAUCAGAUCGUCCAAGACGAGCUCGCCGGGGCCCGCAAUCAGAUCGAUGAGCUGACGAACCACCUGCAAGACCACUCGACGUCAAAAGCUGCCCUCGAAGAGAAAGUCGCCCAGCUCCUAACCGAGCUUGAAGCAUUUGAGGCUUGCAAACAAGAACUGGAAAGCUCGCAUGCUCGAGUAACAGAUUUGACCACAGAACUUUCUUCAUCGCAGGAAGCAAGAGAAACUACCGAUGCACAGGUAGCUCAACUUUCCGCCGAACUUGAAGCUUACACCCAGCUUAAAGCAGAGCAUGAAGCUCAAACACAAGAGCUCGAGACCAUCCACGCGAAGGUUGCAGACUUGACAACCGAGCUUGAAGCCUUCGAUGCUUGCAAGAGAGAAUUGGAAGAAGCUGAAUCAAAGAUUGGUCAUCUCAAUGCCGAACUUGAAGAUCAUGACCAGCUCAAAGCAGACCAUGAAGCAUCCAAGCAAGAACUCGAGGACAUUCAAGCCAAAGUUGCGGACCUUUCAACAGAGCUGGAAAUCCUUGAGGGUUGCAAGAGAGAUCUCGAUGAGGCUGAGUCGAAGAUCGGUCAUUUGACCGCCACACUUGAAGAUCAUGAACAACUCAAGGAGGACCACGAGUCUUCCAAACAGGAAUUGGAGAGCGCCCAAGCCAAAGUCGCAGAGCUGGAAAGUCAGAUUGAAGGAACCAAAGAGAGCUUGGCUGCGGCCGAGUCACGGCUUGCCCAACUCGCGGAGGAACUCGAGGGGUAUGCUCAGCUCAAAGAAGAUCAUCAGGCCGAAAAAGAACGUUCUGCGGGCCUGCUUAGCGACAUCGACCGCCAUCUUGCUGCUGUGACUGAGGCAGAAGGAAGGCACAAGGAAGCAGAAGCGCGUGCUAUUGGGGCGGAAGAGAGACACGCCGCCGCACUCCAGGAGCGGGAUCAACAUGCUGCCGCUGUCACGGAAGCAGAAGAAAAAUUGAAAGAAUCUGAAGGGCGCGCUGCGGAGGCGGAGGAGAAACACGCAGCCACGCUCGAGGAGCUUGAACAGCAUAAGGCUUCUGUGGCUGAGGCCGAAGCACGCGCUGCUGAAGCCGACGAGAAACACGCCUCUGUACUUCAGGAGCUGGAAGAGCAUAGGGCCGCCGCAACCGAGGCGGAGGAGAAACAGAAAGAAGCUGAAGCUCGCGCUAUUGAUGCAGAAGAGAAGCAUGCCACGGCCCUCCAGAACCUAGAACAGCAUAGGGCUACUGCGACGGAGGCGGAAGAGAGACAGAAGGAAGCAGAAGCGCGUGCCGCUGAGGCGGAAGACAUGCAUAAAUCUGUCCUUGCCGAGAUCGAGACGUUGAAAGAAAGUCUUGCGUCAGAGACUUCGGACCAUGCAGCGACGAAAGAGCACAAUGAGCAGCUCACCCGAGACCUUGAAGAGGCUUCGAACUCUCAUCAAACGUCGCAAGCUUCUCUAGAAGAGGCAUUGGAAAAUAUCGCCGCCUUAAAGGAGCAGACCAAGUCGCUUGAGGCCGAGAUUGCUUCCAUUACCGAGUCGAAGCAGGCCGAUGCAGAACAGUUUGAGGCACAACAAGCCAAGCAUGCCGAAGAACUAGUAGCAGCCAAGGACGAGAUCUCAAAGCUUGAGGCAGAGAAGGCGAAACUAGCUGACGACGUCGAAGCUGCCGAUACGGCCAAGAAAGCGCUUGAGGAGAAAGUUGAAACCCUCGAAGCGGAGAGCUCCAAGCUUUCUACCGAGCUCGAAGAGACCAAAGCAACAGUGCAGGAGCAGGAGGAAAAGCUUGAAGCAGCAGUAAAGGCACAAGCCGAUGCGCAGAAGCAGCUCGAAGAGGCGCAAGCGGAAGCUCAAAAGCAGCUUGAAGAAGCUCAAGCCAGUCAACAUUCCGCAGAAGAAAAGUGUGUCGCUCUUGAAACAGAAGUGAAGUCGCUCCAGGACUCCAAGGAAGAACUAGCAAAGAAAUGCGAAGAAGUGGAGGCAGGUCAGCACGCCGCAGAAGAGAAGGUUGCGGCCCUGGAAGAGCAGCUCAAGGUGCUUCAGGCCUCCAACGAAGAGUUGACAAUAAAAUGCGGGAAGCUCGAGGAGACAGAAGCCGCUCUGCAUGCCGCAGAAGAGAAACUUGCUAGUUUUGAAGAACAGCUGAAAUCGCUCCAAGACACCAAUGAAGAACUGUCGGAGAAGUGUAAAAAGCUUGUCGAACUGGAGACCGAACAUAACGCCGUUCAAGAGAAAGCCGCUGCCCUCGAAGCGCAGGUGGAAACAAUUCAAGCAUCAAACGACGAGCUGACGAACAGGCUUGAGACCACCGCAAGUGCCAAAGCGGCAGCGGAGAGUGAGGUGGAAAAGCUACAGCAAGAUCAUGCGUCAACCGUCGAUGGACUCCAACAGGAACUCUCGUCCACCAAGGAAGCUCUCGAAAAGGCAAAAGACGAGGCAACCGCGUCUGUGGCGGAACUCGAAGCGAAAUUGGCCGCUUCUGACGCUUCCCACCAGGAAGCUCAGGAAUUGCUAGAAAAGGUUCGUGCAGAUGCAGACCAAUCUAAGACUGAAAUGGAUGAGAAGCUUGCUGAGGCAGAGAAUGCCCUGAAAGCUGCCCAAGAGGCGCUGUCCAAAGCACAAGCUGACGCUGAUGCCUUAACCAGUGAUUUUGAGCAGAAACUGUCCGACGCGCAAGCUAAUCAGCUUGCGGCUGAGGAGGAGGCGGCCAAGGCGAGAGAAGAACUUGAAGCCAAGCUUGCCGCAGCUUUAGCAGAACAGAAAUCCGCCGAAGACGCGCUUGCAGAGAUCAAGAAGGAAAUCGAGACCGCUGAAGAGGCCAAAGCUUCGCUCGAGUCCAAGCUUGGAGAGGCAGAAAGCGCCACAGCAGCUGCUGAGCAGCGCGUUACGGAAACCGAGGCCGCUAAGGCCGAGUUGGAGGGAAAGGUGAAACAGGCCGAGGACGACAGAACUAAUACUGAGCAAGAGCUUCAAACAGUGAGAGACAAGUUGGCGGAAAUCCAGGGAGAACUUGAGGCUGUUCAACAGGAGAAGCUUAGCGUUACUGAGCAGUCAGCGAAGGAUCUUGAAGCUAAAGAAGCAGACCUGAGCGCUGCCCUUGCCUCCAAGUCGGAACUCGAAGGCCAGCUCAAGGAGACGGAAGCAAACCUCGAGGCUGCCAAGAAGGCUGAGGAUGAGUCCAAUGGUCAGUUGAAAGAGCUCGAAAUCGAGCUCGAGGCCCUCAAGGCUCAAGCAAUUGACAUCGGCAAGAUGUCGGAAGAUUUGGACGCCAGAGAGCAAGUCAUCCAAGAACUGACCACGAGAAAGGAUGAAGCCGAGGAGCAGCUAAAAGACAGCGAGGCUAAGCUUAAUUCUUUAAAAGAAGAGAUUGAGGCGCUGAAGACAUUGACGGAGUCCUCGAAGGAAGAGGCAGCCAAGCACCUCGAGGGUCGAGAGCAAGAAUUCAAGCAACAAUCCGAGCAAGCUGCUCGGGAGCUUACAGCGCUGCAAGCCGAAUUGAAGUCCAAAGAAGAUGAGAUCGCAGGUCUCAGGGCUUUGAAGGAGAAAAUGGAAGAAGAUAUGGGAACUUUCUCAUCCCCACCAACCUCGCCUGACCCAGAAGCGAUCGAGGACAAGACAUCAACCGUGGCCACUGUCAAUGGUGGACGUAGUCGGAGAAGGAAGUCCAAAGCCAAGGUUGUUGAUGACAGCGACGCUGCGAAAGCAGAUGCGGAUGACGAGUGA